UCUUCACACAGAGGAGGCAGCUUGGGAAGGAACAUCAGCCCCUUGGCUUCCUCCUGUGGCCAAGAACCGGCUGGCUCUGGUAUCCAGAGGUACCCAGAGUCGCCUGCAGCUCGAGCCCAGGAUGAAGGAGACGCCACCACCAUCCCAGGAGGACAUUGCCCAGCAGACCACACUGAAACCUCUGCUCCCAAAAGACGCCGGCGCGGUGCAUGGGGAGGCCACGCCGCCUGGACCUGCAGACGAAUCCCUCACCAGUUUGGAAGAAGCCCCGAGCUACGAAGCCAUGAGGGUGAACGAGAAGUACUCGUCGCUGCCUGCCGAGGCCGACAGGGGCGUGCACAUUAUCAACAUCCGCGCCAUCGACGACCUGGGCUACCUGCAGUCCGAGGGCACGCUGUUGAACUCGCUGGCCGUGGACCCCGAUGCCAACUGCAAGUAUGGUCUCUAUUUUCGAGACGGCCAGAGGAAAGUGGACUACAUUCUCGUCUACAAUUACAAGAGGACCUCAAGCCACAACAUUCUGGCCCGAGUCCUCCAUGUUGAUCCCUCACUGGGGGCCCAGAACCUCAAGCAGGAACCUCUGCCUGGCAAAGAUGGGCCCCUGGACACAGGCGAGAUAGACCAUCACGAAGAUGACAAGCGAUCCCGCCGGGAAGAGUAUGAGAGCAACCUUCUGGAGGCUGGACUCGAGCUGGAGAAAGAUGAGGGUACUAAAAUACAUGGAAUUGGAUUUGUGAAGAUCCAUGCGCCCUGGAACGUUCUGUGCCGAGAGGCUGAAUUUUUGAAACUCAAAAUGCCCACCAAGAAGAUGUACCAGAUUAACCAGAGCCGGGGCCUCCUCAAAAAAAUUAACUCCGUCCUCCAGAAAAUGACAGAGCCUAUCCAACCUCGGGUGGCUGGCAACAGAUCCCAGAGCAUGAAAAGACUCUCUUUCACCUUCUCCAGGGAAAAGCAGCACCUGUUUGACCUGAGCGAUAAGGAUUCCUUUUUCGACAGCAAAACUCGGAGUACCAUAGUGUAUGAGAUUUUGAAGAGGACGACCUGCUCGAAGGCCAGCAUGGGGCAAGGAGAGGGAAGAAAGAAGGAUACUGCCCUUUUAAAUAAAAGGAGAAAAUGUGGUCAAUAUGGAAUCACCAGCCUCCUGGCCAAUGGAGUAUAUACCGCAGCCUACCCCCUGCAUGAUGGUGACUUUGAAGGAGAAGAUGUAGAGGUGAACGACAGAAAAAUUCUGUGUGAGGAGUGGGCCACCUAUGGGGCCUUCUAUAAGUACCAGCCAAUCCACCUCAUCAGGAAGUAUUUUGGAGAGAAGGUCGGCCUGUACUUUGCCUGGCUGGGUGUGUACACUCAAAUGCUCAUUCCCGCUUCCAUUGUUGGGAUCAUCGUGUUCCUUUACGGAUGUUUCACCGUUGAUGAAAACACACCCAGCAUGGAGAUGUGUGACCAGCGUAACAACAUCACCAUGUGCCCCCUGUGUGACCGGACAUGCAGCUACUGGAAACUGAGCUCAGCCUGUGCCACCGCUCGAGCCAGUCACUUCUUUGACAACCCAGCCACGGUCUUCUUCUCCGUCUUCAUGGCCCUGUGGGCUGCCAUGUUUAUGGAACAUUGGAAAAGAAAACAGAUGCGACUCAACUAUAAAUGGGACUUGACUGGGUUCGAGGAGGAAGAGGAGACCGUCAAGGCUCAUCCAAGGGCGGAGUAUGAGGCCAAGGUUUUGAAGAAAUCCCUUCGGAAAGAUUGCCGACACAAGGAGAUCGAUAAGGAGAAACUGACGUGGAAGGACCGACUCCCGGCCUAUCUGACCAACCUCGUCAGCUUCAUCUUCAUGAUUGGACUGACGUUCGCCAUCGUGUUUGCAGUCAUCAUCUACAGGAUCUCCACUGCAGCGGCUUUGGCCAUCAGCUCCUCCCCCUCUGGCCGGUCAAACGUGCGGGUCACAGUCACGGCCACAGCGGUCAUCAUUAACCUGGUGGUCAUCAUUAUCUUGGAUGAACUCUACGGCUCCAUAGCACGAUGGCUGACCCAGAUCGAGGUUCCCAAGACAGACAAGAACUUUGAGGAGCGGUUGAUCUUCAAGGCCUUCCUGCUGAAGUUUGUGAAUGCUUACACCCCCAUCUUUUAUGUGGCUUUCUUCAAAGGCCGGUUCGUCGGACGCCCGGGAGACUACGUCUACAUCUUUGGUUCCUUCCGCAUGGAAGAGUGUGCACCUGGUGGCUGUUUGAUGGAGCUCUGCAUCCAGCUUAGCAUUAUCAUGCUGGGCAAGCAGCUGAUUCAGAACAACCUGUUCGAGAUAGGCAUUCCAAAAAUGAAGAAAUUUUUCCGCUACUUAAAACAACAGCGACCAAUUGACCAUGAAGAAUCCACCAAGAAGAAGCAGCGCUAUGAGGUGGAUUACAACCUGGAGCCCUUCGCGGGACUAACUCCAGAGUACAUGGAAAUGAUAAUCCAGUUCGGGUUUGUCACCCUGUUUGUCGCCUCUUUCCCACUGGCACCUCUGUUUGCCCUGCUGAACAACAUCAUAGAAAUCCGUCUGGAUGCCAAGAAGUUUGUCACUGAGCUCCGGAGACCUGUGGCUGUCAGAGCGAAAGAUAUAGGCAUCUGGUACAAUAUUCUCCGAGGCAUUGGAAAGUUAGCUGUUAUCAUCAACGCAUUCGUCAUUUCCUUCACGUCAGACUUCAUCCCCCGCCUCGUGUACCGCUACAUGUACAGCUCCAACGGCUCCAUGCACGGCUUCGUGAACCACACGCUCUCCUAUUUCAACGUCAGCGACUUCCAAGCCGGGACGGCUCCCAACGACCCCAUGGAGCUGGGCUAUGAGGUGCAGAUUUGCCGGUACAAAGAUUACCGAGAACCGCCUUGGUCAGAAAACAAGUAUGAGAUAUCCAAGGACUUCUGGGCGGUCCUGGCUGCCCGACUGGCCUUUGUGAUCGUCUUCCAGAACCUGGUCAUGUUCAUGAGUGACUUCGUAGACUGGAUCAUCCCCGACAUUCCCAAAGACAUCAGCCAGCAGAUUCACAAGGAGAAGGUCCUCCUGGUGGAACUCUUCAUGAAGGAGGAGCAGGGCAAGCAGCAGAUGCUGGAGACCACAAAGGAGAAAGAUAACCUCCAGGGCGACAACUGCAAUAAUCACAGCCCGCCAUUCCCCAGGCCCCAGCGAGGCAGCGCAGCAUCCAGACGCUCCUACCAUGUGGCAAUUUAGCAGGAGAGAGGCCCGGACUUCCAGAGCCCUGGGGCACGCUAGGGAGAGCUGCUCUGCCUGCAGUACGGUCUGACUCACGGACAGCCUGGCGCAGGGUCCAGAGCGGGCCAAAAUCUGGCGGUGCCUGUGCUGGGCAGAAGUUCUCUUCUUGCAGAAACAGAGGACCAUGUCCUGACGGGGCACUCUUCCUUUUUUUUUUUUUU